GCCAUUUUGACUGACGACUGACGAUACGCUCGCAAGAGCUUUCAAGUCAGUGUGUGUGGUAGUAUAGUAAGAGAAGAUAAGAAAUGGAAAAUAACUAAAAUCAAAUGAGAAGGUCAUCAACUCGGAAUUAUUAUACAAAGGAUCGAAUAAAUCUAAUAUAACAAUGAAGAUUUGGACAUCAGAACACACUUUCAACCAUCCAUGGGAGACUGUUGCUCAAGCAGCAUGGCGCAAAUAUCCCAAUCCUAUGAAUCCAGCCGUCAUAGGAACGGAUGUGGUCGAGAGGCGAGUGGUUGAUGGAGUACUGCACACUCACAGACUUGUCAGCUCCAAGUGGUUUUUUCCCCGAUGGGCGCAAGCGAUCAUAGGAACGGCUAAAAUAUGCUAUGCCAGGGAACAAUCUGAAGUCAAUCCCAAUCAGAGGCAAAUGACACUCAAAACAAGAAAUCUAACAUUCUGCCAUUACAUAGCUGUGGAUGAAACAGUGAGAUACACGCCACAUCCCUCCGACGCCUCCAAAACGCUCCUCACACAGGAGGCAGUGGUCACAGUCCAAGGUGUUCCACUGAGUAGCUACAUGGAAGAUCUUCUGGCAAACAAAAUAUCACUGAAUGCCGGGAAAGGACGACAAGCUAUUGAAUGGGUGAUAGGCAAAUUUGACUCGGAGAUAAAGGAACUGGCCAGCACAGCCUGCAAGAGCACUGAUGAGCUACUGUCACAGACAAAGAAGUCACUUGAUGACAUUACAUCCACUGCACGGAGAUCUAUGGAUGAUAUUUCAUCUAAGGCAAAAAGGUCUCUAGAUGAUAUCGAAAAAUUCACCAAAUCAAAUGCUAACCAACGCAGCUGAAAAGAGGAGUGAAGGGACCCCCUUUAGUUCAAUUUUGAAAACACUACAAAAUGCCUCUUGUUAAAUUAUUAUCAUUUGUGUUGUAAAGUGUAUUUAUUUAAUAAAACAGUAGUUUGACAUUGUAGGUGACUACUAGGUGUGCAGAAUUAUCAACAGGCUAAUCAAAGAUGUUGGUAUAGAUAAUUUUGAUUUGAUAACAAACUGACCAAGGGAUUGUAAGAGAAAACACCAUUUGAGUAAAGAUUUAAAUAAUGUAAGUCUGUUGCCCUGAUGCAAUUACAUUUUAUUGUUGUGGAAUUGUUACACAAGAAUAUGUAAAUUGUAUUAUAAUCUGUGUCCUGAAUGGUGUGUUCUACAUGUAUCAGUAUACCUAUCUGUAUGUUAGCUUCAGCUUUUUAUUCCUGAGGUAUGGUAGGUUUAACCCUUUACUAGGCUAAGGGAUAUAUAUUUCCCACAUACGGCACCUCAAACAUGUGUUCUAUUUUUGAUGAGUAAGACUGACAUUUGAUUGUCGUUUUUGAAACAUCAGCCUGGUAAAGGGUUAAGUUUUGUCACAAAGGCAUAGGGCACUGUUUCUUAUUAAACUAUAUUCUAGUGUGAAAAAGAAUGGGUGCUGCCAGCUAUAUGAUGAACAUGCCACCUCUAAUGUAGAUAGUAAUUUCUUUAAUUCCAUGUCACUAGGUACAAAGGGUAAUUCCAUUAAACUUAUAAAAGGGGCUUGAUAAUAGUCACUUGAAAUAAUAUAAAUGUUAGCAAACUGUAAAUAAUUUAUUUAAUGGAUGUUUUGUUUUUGUUGAAAGAGUGUUUACACAAGGUUUUUUUACGACUAUAACUAUUGUGAUACAAUGCAAAGUUAAUGCUGAUAAUGAUUAUAGGUACCUACAUUUUGGUUAUAAUAAAUUUCAUGAAUAUUU